AUGGAGAAUCGGGAUGCUUGUGGAGGAGCGACAUGGGCCUCCAAAAUUCAUCCGGGCUGGGGACUUCCGCACGAACAGCUCACUUUUAGGGGUGACUUUGAUGAAGCGUCCCAGCAUCACGUCAUAUAUGGCGGAAAAUUCGCCGCACUGAUUCAGAAGUAUGAGACGGCUCUCCGAGCGGCUAAGGAUGAGGUCUCGAAAAUGCAGUGGGAGCAUGAGAAGGCCAAGGACGUCGACGCGAUGUCUUCAAGAUACGGCGGAGAAGCUGAGGGCUCAGGUUGCCGAUCUGGAGGAGAAGUCCCGUGGGAUGCUGAGGUUGUUGCUGCUGAGGUUGUUGCUCCUGAGGUUGGGCGUCUUUGUUGGUCGCGUCAGGAGUGGGCUGUAGUGGCUGCUCUCCAGGUUUACAACUCUGUGAACGACUGGUACGUUCCUCGUCUUCGCCGUCUCUCGGAUUUCGUCACCCAGCAGGACGCGGUCGAGGCGGCUGUAGGGAGGAGGCAAGUCGACGAAGCUCUUCUCGACUUUGUGAGGAAGAUCAGGGGGGUUGAUCUGGAUUUCGACGCGGUGGAGAGAAUGCUUGAGGCAAGGUUGGCGAAGAGUAUCGCGGAUGGAGACUCGAUUGAUGAGGUCAUCAUUGAUGAUGACGAUUUUGCGAAGCCUUGCGGCCUUUCUAUGUCGGAGCUGACGCUGCCGAAAUCUCCGUCUAGGCGAGACGACACGAGUCCGGGUGCGGGACUAUCUGCUUCUGGGGCCAAGUCUGCUUAG